AUGGAUGUAAGGAAUGGCAGAUAUUUUAAAGUGGCUGAUUUUGGGUUGGCGUCACUGCACUCCAAUUCCUCCUUCCCCGGAGUUGAGUAUUUACUCGGGACGAGUCCGGUGUUUAAGUCCCGAUCCCAGUCCGAUGACCUGUUGUCCACAAUCGGUGGCAUAAUGUCAGCCAAUCUGUCGACCAUAGCCUCAGAGGCCAUGACUUUCUUUGACUUAAACAACGAUAACUGCAAACUCGAGAUGUCCUGCAAAUUGGGGAAAAGGAUGGCCUCAUCGAUGCUUUAUUUGCAGCAAAUAUUUAAGUUAUAA